AAAACCGACUAGUUGCUCGACGCGCGUAUUGCCAAACCGUCACCGCCGACUACGACGACGACGACGACGCCGCCGAAUUCAGUGAACGCCGCGCGCGCGUGUGGUUAUCGAGUGCGACCACCGCGGUCCACGUUGGGACCACGCGAACGCGUCCGUACGAUUCGUCCGAACGAAUCGUAAUAUUUUAAUAUAUAUUUUUCAUUUGUUUUGGAAGCCGCUCGGCCGAGUCACAAUAAUAUUAUUAUUAUUAUUGUCGUUAAAAUAUUUAUCGGUAUAGACGGUGCACGAAAAACGACGUAUACGGCGCAUAGAAGCAGAAUAGGAGAGAAGGAGAAUAUAGCUAGACCAUGAUGGAUUCAUUGUUACCAAAGUGGUGUUUCGUGCUGUGUUUUGCUCUGAUUGCAGAUUGCAAUGACUUGUUCGAACUAUCAGCCAUCGUACCCAGAUACGCUAAACUAGGCGAAACUGUGGUGCUCAAAUGUAACCACACAGUAGUCGAAAAUCAACUUUACAAAGUCCAGUGGACCAAAAGUGGUGACAAAUUGUUUCAGUAUAUCAGAGGACGUGUACCACCGUACAUCAAUCACACCAUCCCUGGAGCGAAACUUGACUGGGGCCAAACAAAACCCUCAGAGUUGGCACUCAUGGACGUACAACAUGAUGCUUCUGGCCAAUACGCAUGUACAGUAACUACAGAAUCUCCAAUAUAUAGUAAAACAUCAGAAUCCCAUGACCUAACAGUUAUAAAAAUUCAAAAUACCGAUCCUACGAUUGAAAUCUUCAAAGAUGUGUUCAACGUAGGAGAUAUAUUAGACGCCACUUGUACAUCAGGGCCAUCAAAGCCUGUACCUGAAAUCACAUGGUUGGUCAACGGAAGAAGGCCACCGGAUACCUACAUGAAACCAAUCGUUAAGGCAUUGUCGGACUCCGCCUCCGCAAUGAGGCUCACAUUUCCGGUGUCGGAUAAACUUGGCGCCGAGGUUCAACUGACGUGUCUAUCCACCAUACCUGGGUUCCUAAAUCAUAAAGCUGACUUCCACGAUUAUGCCGAUUAUAGGUCGUCUUCAAUCAUAGUGAGCGUGGCAGCCAAAUCUGAGCCCGUGACUGCGGGAUGUGGAAAAGAAUUUAUUAGCAUCGUUGUCUUUGCAACGACUGCCGCCGCCGCCGCCGUCGCCGCCGCUACGUUCCAGACGUAAUUUACGAGACGGAUUCUCAAAUAACAUUUCGACGGCAUGUGUAUGCGUGCAAUUGUGUAUAAUGUAUACAAUUCAAUGUAUAAAUAGUUAGUAUACAUUAUAAUAUUAGUCAUACAUUUUACGAAUAUAUAAAUAUUAAAUGGUUUAAAAUUAUUCAUGGAAAUGGGCACGCGGUUACCUUUGAAAUCGUACUCUUUAAGAUUAUUUAACUUUAAUUAUAAAACGUUGUGGUGACCCGCUGUGGACGUGAACAGUGUAUUGUUCUAAUAUUGUAUAAGAAAUUAAAUUAUUUGAUUUUCUGUGUUUAAAGUGUAUACGAAUGAUUUUUGGAUGAUUUCCUGGUUGAUAUCGUGGCCGAUUACUUUUUAAUUAUUUUUCAAAAUAUAUUUAUGCCAAUAUUCAAAUGAUAAAUAUUAUAUUUUAUCAUUAAAGCGUUUUUGAAACAAUCGUUCAUUUGUGUGUCACCAUUACGUGAAUAGAUAAUAGCUAUAAUGUUGACGGACGUGGUCCUUUUUUUUGUUAACUAUAAUAUUUUGUAAUUAAUAUUCUGUAACUAACUAGGCAAAGUUUUCAAUUCCUAAAUAAUGAGAUUAUGAACUUAACGAAAUCUGUGCUUCAAAAAUGUAUUAUCUCCGUGUCAAUUAAAAUCGUAUUUGGUCUUUCAAGUGCAAUAACGUUGUAACUACACAUAUGAGUGUAUUAUAAAGAAAAAUACUCUAUAUAUUUAAGAUAGACGUGACCAUUAAAUUACAGUUGACAUAUAUGAUAUAAUUUGACCGGAGGUUGUUUUUGUUACUUAUACUGCAUCGUUCCAAAUCAAAAAUGCAUUUAUUUUGAGUUAGAUAAUAUUUUAUCAGAUAAAUCAUACUAAGCAACAAACAAUAAUUUACGAGGAUUUAUUUUUGAAAAUCACAAUUGAAUGUUUCAUUUCUGUUAUUUAUUACUAUUUGAUAUACGUUCACAAUCAAAAUGACAAUACUGUAAUUGAAUUAAACCUUAUUGAGUAAUUAGAAAAAAAAAGUGUUUAAAAUCAACCGGUAUUUCAAACUAUUCGUAUAACACUAAAUAAUACUAUUGUUUUUAUCUCUUAAAUUUUCUAGAAAAUUGUUUUUAUUGUUAUUAUUUAUUAUUAAAAUAAGAUAAUGCUGUCAAUUAUAUAUACGCAUAAAAAUCGACUUUUUGAACGGUUACUGCGAAAUUUACCCUUUUUAUGUUAUACCUUGACCUAUCAUAAUAUUAUAAUAUAUAAUAUAUGCUAUAAAUUAUUGUGCUAUAUGUUUAGAUAAUUAUUAUUUUUUCUACGUUUAUUGUAAAAAGUUUGAUUAUUACUUACUGUCUCUAAAAUGUAUAUUGCUAUAAACUAUAGAUGAUAAUAUAAUGUUAUUGUUAGAAAAAAAAAAUUUAAAAAUGUUUAAAAUAUUGUUACUCCAAAUAAUACUAUUUUAUUUCCAUAAACUGUAGUUGUUUUUAACCAAAAAUAGCACGCUAAGGUUUUAUGAAAUUAUAUUAAAUAUAAAACGAUAUACGAUGUAUUAACCAUUAAUUCUUACACUUUAUAACUAAUCAAAUAAAUUAUUUCAAAUGAUGGAUAAUAAAUCGAAAUUGUUUUCCCAUUUAUUAUUAUUUUAAGUCAUUGAAAGAUUGAAAUUAUUUAUUAUUAUUACUAUUAUUAUUAUUAUUAUUUUUUUUUUUUGUAAAGUUUGAAAAACAUUCGUGUAUCACAUACGAAUUUGAUCGUUUUUAUUUAAUUUUGACAUUUUAUUAUUAUAAUUGUAUUAAAUAAUGAUGAACAAGUUGCAUUCUGUCACAUAAAAACGUUUUUGAUUAUUAUUAUAUGAUAUUUUUAUUUGAACUCCUUGCUUUAAAACAAUAAAAAUGACUGUAGUUUAUAAGAAUAAUUUAAUCAAGUUAUAUUAUGUUAUAUUAAUAUAAAUAUACGGUCGUAUAUAACGACGAAAUUUAUAUAAAAAAUAAUAAAAUAUUGUAUUUAUAAUUAUUAACAAUCAAAAUUCAAUCGUCAUGCAAUAUUAGUUGAAAAACAAUGAUCAUGAGCGUUACACAAGCAACAAACGCUAAAAAAUUGUUUUCUGCGUUUCAUAAUGUCAUCAUACAUUGGUUGCAUUACUCUAAUGUUAUGUUACUUACAUAUUAUAUUGUGUACACAUCAGUUGUAUUAACGUAUUGUAUGUUUAUUAAAAAUACAUUUUAAGCUAAAA